CGCUAAUGUAAGUAGACAGUCAAAUAAAAAAUGAUUCGUGUCUUAAUUAUUUUUUUAUUUAUUACAACCGCUUUUGCUACAAAAUUUAAACCCGGACAUUGCCCUAAUGUCACUGCAAUUUCAGUCGAUCUUACAAAAGCGUUUGGAACUUGGUACGAGUACAGUCGCAGUCGUGACAGAUCGAAUAAAUUAGAAAAAUGUAGUUAUCUACAACUUAAUAAACCUGAAGCAUGCUCAUCAAUUACAGUUUAUAAUAGCAUUUCUAAAGAAAUUAAUGAACCUCUAACAAUGGUAACUAAUUUUACUGUAUUCGAUGGAAAGCUCGACAUCACUUACAAUUUACCAGUAGUUGGGAAAAUGGUAAGAGAAUUGACUAUCCUUAAUAUAGAUUACAAUGACUACGUAGUAGGAUGGCUAUGUACAAACGUAGGAAGUAACCAUACCGAGAGUGUUUGGGUGCUUACACGAGAAGCGAAUCCUUCAAAAAAUUACAACGACUUAGCGAAAUGUGCGCUUAAGUCCUACGGGCUGAAGAUGCCGAAGAUGGUCAGGAUGGAUCAGAAAUAUUGUCCUUACUCGUGUCAGUACCUUUAAUUCUUCGGGCAUAAAAACUUUUUCAUCAUUUAAUAUUUUGUGUGUAUAUGAAUUAAUUAAGAAAUGAUUUAUAAAAAAAAAAAACUUUUUCAGUUUUUUUCCUUAUACAUACUGCGACCUAGACCACGAAAUGCCGAUUAAAAUGAGUACCCACACUACAGGUUAAUAAAUAUUUAUUAAGUAAGUUAAGCACAUUAAUAAUUUUUUAAUCAAUUAAUCAAUUAAUGCCUUUUCUAUAAUAUAGUCAUGUGGGUACUCAUUUAACUCGUAAUUUUGUCCAUAACAAAAAUUUGUAUUUAAUUAUUAAAAAAAAAAUUUCGGCUCCUUAUUUUUCUCAAAAAACUUACCAGUGACAAAUUUUUUAAUUAUUUUUGUUUACAAUGAGAGUAAGCGAUAAUAGUUACCGUAAAAAUGAUAGGAAAUAUUUUUAUAGAAAAUUUAAUUUCCAAUAAAAUUGUCCUUAUACUUUUUAAUGUAAAUUUAAAAUUUUGUCGGUUUUAAUCGAAAUUUAGGCCACAAAAUUUUGAGUGACCUUAAAAAAAUGUUCAUACGUAUAUAUAUAUUUAUUUAUUUGAACAAGUGAAUAAAAAUCAAAUAUACCGCAAAUAUAUAAAAAAAAAAAAAUCAAAUUAACAAUCAGUCGAAAUAAAAAUGUCGUGGGUCAUAGUUAUUUUUUUGUUAAUCGCGAGUACUUUUGCUGAGCUUUUCAAACCUGGGCCCUGUCCUAAAAUAACUGUCGAUAAAAUUGAUUUGGACAGAGUGUCUGGUAUUUGGUACGAGCACAAACGCAGUAUCAAUAAUUGGGACGAUUCCGAUGAAUGUGGUAAAAUAACUUGGAAUAAACCUGAGGCAGGCGUGUCGAUUAUUAUUUACAAUAGUUUAUCAAAAAUUCUUAAUGUUACGUCGACGAUGACCGUUGAAAGUAAAUCGACUGAACAAGGCUUCAUUUACCAUUUGCCGAUUGUUGGAAAUAUGUAUCACGAUCAUUAUAUUCUUGGUACCGAUUAUGACAAUUAUGGGGUAGUAUGGUUGUGUGAAAACUACGAACUAGAAUCUAUGCACAUUGAAAAGUUCUGGGUUUUCACACGGGAGCCAGAUUUUUGGAUAGAUAUCGAAGAUUCGAUAAAAGCGGCAUUCGAUAGUCAUAGACUCGAGAAGUCGAAAAUGGUGACAAUGAAUAACCAAGAGUGUUCUCAGAAGUGGGACGAUUAUUUAGAAGAUUAACUGUGCGACCUAGUUCAUGAAAUAUCGAGUAAAAUGAGUACUCACACUCUAUAUCAAUAAAUACCUCUAGUGUAAGAAAACUCUAUUAAUAAUAUAUUAAUCAAUUAAUGACCAUCUCAUAAGAUAUGCUUAGGGGUACUCUAUUAACUCGUCAAUCCUUCACCUAGACAAAUAUGUACCUCAUUAUUCAAUAAAAAUAUUUUUAUUUAAAGAAUCGUGUUGCAAACAAUUAAUUAAUUAUUUUCAAAAAUUUUUUUUUUCUCAUUUUUUUAGCAAAUAAAUACUGUGACCUAGAUCACAAAAUGCCGAUUAAAAUGAGUACCCACACUAUAAUUAAAUAAAUAUUUAUUGAGUCAGUUAAGUACAUUAAUAAUAUAUUAAUCAAUUAAUGACCAUCUCAUAAAAUAUGCUUGAGGGUACUCUAUUAACUCGUCAAUCCAUCACCUAGAC